GCCAACCACGUGGUUUUGUUAUUACAGGAAGUGAAGAUGGCCGCUCAGUCGUUUCUCUCCGAGUCGGCUCUCGGCUGGUCUAUUUUCACCUUUGUACUUUUGGUCAUCCUCGCUUUCUGUUGGGUCUACAUUCGCAAAUUUCAAAGUCGCCAAGAAAGCGAAGUUGUUUCAACCAUCACAGCAAUAUGCGCACUGGCCAUUGCACUAAUAUCUUCAGCACUUCUACCAGUGGAUAUUUUCCUUGUCUCCUUCAUGAAGUACCCAAAUGGCACAUACAAGGAAUGGGCAGCAAACAAUGAGACAAGAGCACAGAUUGAGGACACAGUCCUGUAUGGAUAUUACACACUCUACUCCAUCAUUCUGUUCUGCGUCUUUUUAUGGAUCCCUUUUGUUUAUUUCUACUAUGAAGAAAGAGAUGAUGAAAACGUCAACACAUGCUCGCAAGUCAAAAACGCUCUGAAGUACACAGUUGGAUUUGCCAUUGUCUGUGUGGCGCUGCUAUUAAUUGGAGCAUUUGUUCCACUUGAGCCUCCACCGCAAAAGAAUGCCACCCAGUGGGAGAAAGUUCAAUACCUUUUUGAAGAACUAGGCAGUGGCCAUGGUCUAACUGCUCUGGCUUUCUCCAUCAGCUCAUUGACCUUGAUUGGGAUGCUGGCAGUGAUCACUUACACACGGGAGAAGAGAAAAGCAGUGUCGACAACGCUGUGGAUACUUCCUGAAUGUUUCAAACCAUACAUUGCUUGA